AUGGCUGGAGGCAAAGGAAAGGCCGGCAAGGAUUCGGGCAAGGCCAAGUCGAAGGUGAUCUCGCGCUCCGCACGCGCCGGACUCCAGUUCCCCGUCGGGCGUAUCCACCGCUUCCUGAAGCAGAAGACCACCAGCUCGGGACGUGUCGGAGCCACCGCUGCUGUCUACAGUGCUGCCAUCCUGGAAUACCUGACCGCCGAGGUGCUCGAGUUGGCCGGUAACGCCUCGAAGGAUCUGAAGGUGAAGCGUAUCACCCCCCGCCAUCUCCAUCUCGCCAUCCGUGGAGACGAAGAGCUCGACACGUUGAUCAAGGCCACCAUCGCCGGCGGAGGUGUCAUCCCGCACAUCCAUCGUUACCUGAUGUCCAAGAAGGGACAACAGCCCGCUCCUGGCGGAGCCGCCCCGGGCCAGAAGCCGUCGCAGGCC